AUCUGUUAUUUGUGUUCCUACUCAUUCAUCUAAACAUUCUAAGACAACUUCUAAGCCAACUCCUUCUAAGUCAACUCCUUCACCUGAAGGUCAUUCGUCUCCUAUAUAUCAUCCUACUCGUUUAACUAAUUCCAAAGUGAAAAAAAUUCACGAAAUUGCACAAAAUGCACAAAAUGUACAAAAUCAAUAA